CCUGCGAAAACCACCUCACACUGUAAGUUCAACAGCAACUCCUGCUUCACGUUCCAAUCCUCUCGUCUUGUCGGCUCAAAACCCCGUCGACCUCCCGCCGAAGCUGCCGAAAGCUUCUUGUGCCGAGCCCACAACGCCGCACCAAUUCCCCGACGAUUGCAAAAGAAUUCGUUUCUAACGCCUCUUAGACCGCUUUAUAGUUUCUUCUACAGCUUCCCAUCGCAGCCAUGUCUUCUCCUCAGGACCGCGUCCAAAACCUGGUUGCCCAGGUCGAUAAAGAGCUCUCCAAGUACCCGGUGCUCAACAACCUCGAGAAGCAGACCUCGAUCCCCAAGGCCUAUGGCGUGCUCGGCCUGGGAGCGCUCUACUUCUUCCUGAUCAUCUUCAACCUCGGCGGUCAGCUCCUGACCAACAUUGCGGGCUUUGUUAUCCCCGGAUACUUCUCCCUUGCCGCUCUCUUCACCGCCAACAAGGCGGACGACACUCAGUGGCUGACCUACUGGGUUGUCUUUGCCUUCUUCACUGUCCUUGAGAGCCUCGUCAGCGUUGUUUACUGGUUCCCCUUCUACUACACUUUCAAGUUUGUCUUUCUCCUGUGGCUGUCCCUUCCCGCCUUCAAUAGCUUUAGGGGUGCCGAGAUCAUCUUCCGCUCGUUCCUGGCUCCUGCCCUGGGCCGCUACUUCCACGCUCCCGGCUCCACCGCCAGCGGCCUCCGCGCGAAGGCCGAGUCUCUCCACACCGAGUAA